GAUGGAAGCAGAGCUGCUGCCUGGGUUCACAGUGAUGCCCCUUGGAGAGAACAGGAGCACUCCCCCAGAAACAGACACGGCCCUGCUGCCCCCUGCACGGGGCAUGGCCAUGCUCACCAUCCGCUGCGUGAUCCCCUCGCUCUACCUGCUCAUCAUCACCGUGGGCUUACUGGGCAACAUCACCCUCAUGAAGAUCUUCAUCUCCAACAGUGCCAUGAGGAGCGUGCCCAACAUCUUCAUCUCCAGCCUUGCCGUUGGUGACCUACUGCUGCUGGUGACCUGYGUGCCUGUGGAUGCCUCCCGGUACUUUUCUGAGGAGUGGCUUUUUGGGGAGGUGGGCUGCAAGCUCAUCCCCGUCAUCCAGCUCACCUCCGUGGGGGUCUCUGUCUUCACCCUCACUGCUCUCAGCGCUGACAGGUACAAAGCAAUUGUAAAUCCCAUGGAUAUCCAAGCAUCCAGUGCAGUGCUAUGGACCUGUGUGAAAGCAGUUGCCAUCUGGAUAAUCUCCAUGCUCCUGGCUGUUCCUGAAGCAGUGUUCUCUGAACUGGCCCACAUCAAUGAAACAAACAAUGCCACUUUCACAGCCUGCAUACCUUACCCCAAGAGGGAUAACAUGCACCCAAAGAUCCAUUCUGUGCUGAUUUUCCUAGUGUAUUUCCUUAUCCCUCUUUCUGUUAUUAGUAUCUACUACUAUCAUAUUGCAAAAACUUUAAUAAAAAGCGCUCACAACAUCCCUGGUGAAUACAGUGAACAUUCCAAAAGACAGAUGGAAACUCGGAAACGCCUGGCAAAAAUAGUUCUAGUUUUUGUUGGCUUCUUUGCUAUCUGUUGGUUUCCUAACCAUGUGUUAUACAUGUACCGGUCCUUUAAUUACAAUGAGAUCGAUCCAUCAGUAGGACAUAUGGUCAUAACCCUAGUGGCCCGAGUCUUAAGCUUCUGCAACUCGUGUGUCAACCCAUUUGCACUGUAUUUUCUCAGUGAGAGCUUUAGAAGACAUUUCAACAGCCAACUUUGCUGCAAGAGGAAAUCUCAGCAACAAAGAUCUGCCAGUUACUUACACAACUCUUCUGCCAUUCGAAUUACUUCCCUGAAAAGCAAUAACAGGAACACAGUGACCAGCACAAUACUCCUGAAUGGCCACAACUCCAAACAAGAAAUGUCAUUAUGAUUGAAUAGAUGCGACCUGGGAACAGAUUUGAGAUUUUACUUUGUGGUGUGUAACUCAUUUUUGGAUCUCUCUGUAAACUUCGUCCAUCUGCUCCUCAGGACAGGAGGAUCUGUUAAAGUCUUUUUGAAUUCU